CGAAUGUUAUGACAGUGAUAAUAGGUUUGACAGACUUGUCUUGACAUUUCGACAGGGUGUCAAUUUACGUUUUCGAUUUUUAUUUAUCAAGUUUAAAAUAAAUUCUUAAAUAGUUGUUAAAUACACGUAAAUUCAGAGUAACUAUUCAAGAUGUUGGCUUUAAUGAACAGAAUAUUAGACUGGUUCAAAAGUCUUUUUUGGAAGGAAGAAAUGGAACUAACAUUAGUCGGGCUGCAGUAUUCAGGAAAAACAACUUUUGUUAAUGUGAUAGCGUCUGGGCAGUUUAGCGAAGAUAUGAUUCCAACUGUAGGAUUCAAUAUGAGAAAAAUUACAAAAGGCAAUGUCACAAUCAAAGUUUGGGACAUUGGAGGUCAACCAAGAUUCAGAUCAAUGUGGGAACGAUACUGUAGAGGAGUUAACGCCAUUGUGUACAUGGUGGAUGCUGCAGAUCCUGAUAAAAUUGAGGCUUCCAGAAAUGAGCUUCACAGUUUAUUAGAUAAACCACAGCUAGCUGGCAUUCCUGUAUUAGUGUUAGGUAAUAAAAGAGACAAGCCACAAGCAUUAGAUGAAAAUGGCCUAAUUGAAAGAAUGAAUCUUUCGGCCAUUCAAGAUAGAGAAAUCUGCUGCUAUUCAAUAUCUUGCAAAGAAAAAGACAACAUUGACAUCACACUACAAUGGCUCAUUGCACACUCUAAAUCUGGUAUGCGUUAAUUAUUUAUAGAAUUGUAGUAUAUAUUAUAAAAAGUGCUAAAUUUUAAGAAACAUCCUUCUUGAACAAAGUAAACAUAUUUACAAUUACUCUUGGUCCUUGGAGAUUAUAUUGUUGUUUCAUACAGUGAUAUUGAAAUUUUAAAAGCGUGAUUAUUUUAUUUGAACAAGUAUGGUGAAAUAUUGGACAUUCUAUAUAUAAAAUUAGUUUUCUGACAACAUACAAAAAGUACUUGAUAUUUCACUCCACGGAAUAACAGUAAUUUGUGGAUUUUGUAACUAUCAACUGUUUUAUGUAAGUCUUCAAGCAAGUAUACUGUGUGAAACAGGUGUGGAAACCUGAUAUUUCAUGCUAUUAUGAAAUAUUCUAUUUUCCUUACUAACAGCACAAUAUACUAUUUAAGCUUCUAUAACUGAAAAUUGCAGUUCAUGAUAAAUAAUUAACAUGAAAAUCAAUUUUUUUUGCUUAGAUUAUGGACAAAAAAAUUAUAAUGUAAUAUUUGAGAUAAUAUUCUGCAGAUUACAAAACCGAGCCUUGAACAAAUAAUUAUUUGAUUAAACUUUCAUAUAAUGAAUUUUUUUUUGAUAAGUAAACAGUUAAUAUUUUUUCUUUACCUUAUUUUGAGAACUACAAUAUGAUACAAGAACGCAUAAAAAAGUUACGAAUUCUAAGAAAUAUGACAUUUGAUGUUAUUAACUGUCUUUUGUAAUCUUAUUUUAUUUGGUCUAACCAUUUCUUUCUUGGUCUAACCCUUAUUGUUUUUAUAGUAUUACUAACCUCUAUAAUUUCUCUUGCUCUUCUGACUUUAUUUUCUUGAUCUGUCCACACCAAUUAUUUGUGUAUUAUUGUUUAUUCUACUUUUAUUUAUUCUUAUUAUGUCACCUUUGUAAUUCCUUUGUUCUUUAUCUUAGUUUUCUCACUAUUCUUCUCAGGUCAUAUUGUUUGUCUUGUUUUUGUUUCAAUUAUAAUUAGUCAAAUUAAUUUUAAUAUGUUCAAAAAUUCAUUGGCUCAUCGAAGCCAAGAGGAUAUUUAUUGUUGAAAAUGGUCUAAUAUGAUUUGGCUCUUAUAUUGGAAGAAGAAAUUUCGAUUGGAUUCUGUUAUUUAUUGUUAAAUUAAACAAUUUAUAUACAGGUAGCAAAUAUUUUUUUCAAAUUGCAAUUAUUAAGAUUUAAUUGAAAAUUUUGAAAAUGUAUUUAUUGAUAAACUAGUUCCAGUAACUAAUACACCUUUUUUAAAAAUCUUUAAUGACACCAUUCUUGUUUUAAAUUCAAUCAGCUGUGUUAAAUAGCUUAUAAAUGUCAUGCUAAUGUAUAUCAAAUAUAUUUUUGAUGUUGCUUUUUUUCAGUUAAAGUUACUUAGAAAGCACAAAACAAGACCAUAGGUAAAUUUUACGAAUUUUACCUUAAUAGAUUUCAAAUAAUUGUUGAUAAAAAGUACCUAUUUGCGUAGUCAAAUCAAUAUUUUUUCCAUAAAACUAUCUUUAGGUUUUGUCAUAUUGUGUUCGGCCUUUUCAUAAAUUCCUACACAAAAUCACACUAAUGAGAUAGUAUAUAUAAUACUUAUACUGUUUUUGUAUACACAUAAUAGGAUAAAAACAACUUAAACCAGUUAAAGAAUGUAAAAUAUGUUGACUUUGAUCAGUUUUGGUUUUUGAUGUGAAAAGAUCUUGGACCAGUUCGAAUUGAUCAGUGGACCAGUAUAGUUGAAUGAAAAACCAAAACAAAAAUACAUUCUCUCUAAGAAUAAUUUCUCCUAACAACCUAUUAACAAUUAUUAAACAUCCCGAGGAAACAUAUAUUUCCAGUUUGGGUCAAUUAAUCUAACAUAUAGUUGCUUUUUUACUUAAAAAGUUUCCACGGUUUAGCACCAUCUUUGGUUUGGUAUAGUUUGCUUUCUUGGAGUCGUUUCUUUCCAUUUGCUCUAAAUUAAAAAAGGAUUUUUCAAAAAAAUUUCAAAAUUUAAAAGCGGCGAUUGAACGUUAAAAAUGGAAAGGUAAUUCAAUUACGGUAGAUGCAAGCACUAACUCAGCCUUGGUAAUAAUUUUGUGCUAAAUUUAUCCAAUAAUUCACCACCUUCCUCUUCGUCCAUCAAAAGAUUUGAAUCGGGCGGUUCAAUAUAAAUUUCCUGAAUAUCAAUAUCAUCAUAGGCUAACUGAAUUGCUUCUUCCAAAGUCAAUCUAUGUGUAUAAGAAAGAAAUAUAAGAUUUAAGAAAUUUUCAAUAUUUUGUGUAAUGUAAUAUGUUUUUAGGACACUAUAUACAAAAAAUAAUGUAUUAUUUUCUAAAAAUCUAAGGACAAAAUGCAGGGCUGACUAUUUUACAAUAUAUUUCAAUUUAAUACUAAAACUAAAUAAAAUUGUAACACAGUAAUAGAAAGUCCAUUUUUUGUCACUUUAAACUUUAAGGUUAGGCUUAACAGUUCCUUUCUAAAACUCAAUGCACUACUUUGUAAACACGCGUCUCUAUGCUUUUUUUUGACAUUCAACGAUAGACUGACCCACACAACAUAACAAGGGUAUGUUCUGUGGACUGACUGCUGCUGAUUACAUUCCUUCAUAGCAAUAUCGCGCUGCUGCCGUAUUUUAAAUUCAUUCUUCAGCGAUACAUAUGAGUAAUGCUUGCAGUUGAUGGGUUAAAGUGGAGAAUCAUAUUUAUACAUUUAACGUAAAUCAAUAAAUCAUGAUCAGAUUGCAAAUAAUAUUAAAUAACAGUCUUAUCAAGGGUACGAUUCUUAUUGCCUCAUAAAAAGAAUAUCAUUUUAUGAAUACAACGCUAUUUUGAAGUUAGGUUUCAUCGUAUUCUUUGUACUUUUUGUUACUAUUUAAUGGUUUUAUAUGGGUUAAAGUAGAGACACUACUACUAGAUCUUCGUAGCCAAUUGUUUUAGUGUAGCUUCCAAAAUGUACAUUUAUUUGGAUAAAUUAGCUGAGAAAGUCUUUUUUUAAAUGGUAAAUGCAUAUACUGCAGGAUUUUAAACUUUUUUGUCUUCUGUAGUGUAUAAAAAAAAUUCAAUAAAAUUCUGUCUCCCAAAUAUGUGCUAGCAAUGUAUUAAGUAAUUUCAUUAACAAAAAUAAAGUAACACCCAGUAUAUACGAACCAGGUUUGGCUUGUUUAGACACACUGUAUGACAGACAGACGAAAUGAUGUGUAAAAAAAUAUUUAAAGGGAUUCGAGAAGUAGUCAUAAUGAAAAUAAAUUUAUCCCAUUAGUUAUUGGAGAAAUUUUUUUAGAGAGCAAGAACUAUUCACUAAACACUUUUAGGAUAUUCAUUAUGCUGAUGAUUGUAGAAUGUAAGUUAAAUAUAAUAAAAAGUGCAAAGGGUUCCAAAAAUGUAUAAUCUUCCUUGGACAAUAUAUUCAAAUAAUUUUGGCUUAGAGUUGUGCUACUUGUGCCAUAGAUCGCCUAUAUUCAAAAGAUUUCCGACAAUGUUAUUAAUUUUAAACAAAUUGGCGGCAUCUAGGGAUGUGAACUUUGACUAAUAAUUUCAUCUCCAUCACAGAAAACUGGCAAUUUCAAUUUUUAUUAUUGGUUAUUUCAGGGUUAUUCAUACUACAUGUUACCUCGGAACAAGUAAUAAAUUGUCAUUUAUUUUUUUGUUUCAAAAUAGGUGUCAAACUUGCAUAUAUUCAAGAUAUUAAUCACAAAUAUACAUAAUUAAAUUUUGAUAAGUAAAUGCAAAAAAUAAAAAUCUGACACCUUAGAAUUGUAAUGUUACGUAAAAUUUUAUAAAAUCAGUGAAAUGAUAAUUCUUCAAUCAAUUCUAGAAAAAAUAUUAAAGAAACAAAAAUUAAAAGUUGAAAAAUAUAUUGGGUUGGUAACAAAGCAAUUUCAAUUUUAUAGUAUAGAAUAAAAUACUUUUUUUAACAAAUCAAUGAAUUUUUGGCCAUCUUUCUUUCAGCUUCAUGAUCCCGCGCUAAUAACAUUUCUGGUCCUUAUCAGCAUAAAACUGAACCAGUUGCGAUUGAAGGUCAUCGUCAUUUGUGAAAGUUUGAUCAUUCAAAGAACUUGGCAAACUUGUAAUCAAAUGGUGCCAGAUCAGGGCUGUAUAGGGGAUAUGGCAUACCUUCCCAGCUAAGCUCCAAUAGUUUCCCACGAGUUGCCAAAGAUGUCUGAGGCCUUGCAUUAUCAUAGUGGAACAUUAAAACGUUCCAAUUUGACAAUUCUGGCCGUUUUUAUUUAAUUGUUUUAACCAGUUUCAUUAAUUGUUGACAGUAAACAUCAGAAUUGAUCGUUUGGUUCCUUGUAAUCCCACCAAACUGAAAGCAUGAGAUCUUUUGUUCUUUUUCAGCUUUCGAUGUGGUUUGUGCUGGUUAAUCGUAUUUGUUCCAUGAUCUUUUUCGAACUAUGUUACUGCACAAGACUCAAUUUUCAUCACCAGUGUUGAUUCUUAUCAAAAAAGGGUCGGUUUCAUUUCGUGCAUAUUGCGUGUGUUAAAUGAAUUUCUUUCAAUUCGUGAAGUACCUAAAUAUCAAGCUUCUUAACUAGCCCAAGACAUUUUAAGUGUUUUUCAAUUGUUGUGUGCAAUAUAUGUAUUGUCUUCGCAAACAAUGGAACAGUUUUAUGACGAUCCUUAAGCAAGACUCUCUAUCAGUAAAAAGCGAAAGUACUUAGUUGCAAACCUUAUAUUUCGAAAUAAAAAAAUGCGUACAAAAUCUCACCACAAAUAAAACAAUUUAUAACUUGAAUGUGUAAAAAAGGUACAGUUAAUACAAAACCAGCUCAAUGGUUAGGAAUUAACAAGUAUAAAAUAAAUUUUAAAAACAGUGCUUCAUCAAUACGAAAUAAUUAAUAUAAAAUUAACUUUAACUUUUCUGAUCUGAGUAAAACGUCUAUAAAAUAGGUGGUUUUGUGCACAUUUAUACUUUGAUUAUUUUUAAUGAAUAAUUGCUGCCUUUUGAUUUUUUAUGACCAGUUGGUUAUGAAAUACAACCAUUUUGCAAAAUUUCAUUUCAUACACAUGUAUUUUAAAAUUAUAUUUGUCUAAUGGAAGAAAUAUAAUUUUUUCAAUACUAUGCAUUGGGUAAUUAGGAUUUUAUUAUAUUUUUGGUACUCAUUGUAUUAUAUGUUGCUGGUUUUAUAUUGGAUGAAAGUGGAAACACUACUGUAAUAUAUUUAUUGCUUGUUAGUCUCGAAAAUUCAGAAUUUUAGAUCCUAUCAAUAAAUUUUUUAGUGUAGCGUUUAAAAUAUGUUUAUUUCUAUAUUAUGUGUAUGUUAUUAAUAUUAUGCUGAGUUAUCUAGUGAGAUUUUUUUAUAUUUACAAUAUAUUGAUUAUUUUCAUAGUUUUCCACUAAUUUUGGAUUACCGAUUAGAAAUUUGAUAAUUUCAAAUAUAAAAAAAUAUAUUGUGGAAGUUAAAAACAAUUUUUUAAUAAACUCCCGUGUAAAAUUGAUAUUGUGUUUUAUUCAACAAUUUAAUAAGCAACUUUUUGUCAACCCAUAAUAUCGAUUUUUAUUUUUAAUUUCUUCAAUUGUGGAAUUUUUGUGCAGAAUUGUACUAUAGACAUUAAUAAUUGUCUUUUUAUAAAUAAAAACAUUGAAAAACGA